AUGGGUUGGAACACUGGUUUUGAACGGAUUAAACAAGAACGCAAGGACUUGGGUUUCUUCAAGAUUUUUCAGAGUGCAGAUUUGUCCUCUGAGAGCAUGAGAGCGUUUCCAUACAACUUCAUGAGCAGGAUCCCUGAGAAAGACUUAUCUUACAAGAUGGUGAUAAGAGCGCAAUGGGGAAAGUCUUGGGAUGUAGAAGUCUCCAAGAAUACGAGAUAUUACUACAUCGAGAAGCCUGGAUGGGAUCAGUUUGUGAGUGACAACGCUUUGGGAAGAAACGAGUUUGUCACUUUCAUUCACAAAGGGAAGAUGAUCUUUAAUGUCUACAUCUACGAGCAGAAUUGCAUGGAGAUCCUAAUACCUCGAAUACUCAUGCCUAUGGAUUGUUCUGGUGGGAUCAAGAGAGAAGAAGAAGAGUGCAGCUACAAAGAUGUGAAGAAAGAAUAUGAGGAAACAGAUGAAUCUCCUGAACGAGUUGAGAUCAAAAUUAGAAAGAAGAUAUCUGAAGAGAGCAAAACAUCUAAGAAGAAGAAGACGAGCAAGAGAAUGAAGAAGAAGAUCAAGAGAAAUAAGAAAAUGACUGGUGCUCCAGAAUUCAAAAUCACCAUAAGGAAUUCAUACCUCAAGUUCCUGGCAAUCCCAAAACAUUUUGUGGAUGAUCAUCUUCCGCAGAAGUCUAAGUUCUUCACUAUUCACCACCCGGAUGGUCUCAAGUCAUGGAAGGUGCUUUGUUUGGUGAGGGAGAUUCGGACAAUCUUCUCAGGUGGAUACUCGAAACUGGCAAGGGAGUAUCCUUUAUUGGUUGGUGACAAAUGCACCUUCAAGCUUAUUGAACCCUAUGCGUUUAUCCUAGAUAUCUCCAAGAAAACUAGAGAGGAGAUCACUCACUGCAUGAUCGAUUGA